AUGCCGCGUCCGUGUGUGGAUCUCCCGUAUGCUCAACCCCCCCUUCCGCUAGGCCGUCUUUCCCAAGCCCGUGCGCUGGUUUCAGAGGAGCUCUCGAGAGAUUCAAACGCGCAAAGCGUUUUGCAUAGUGCCGCUGAAUUAAGCAGAUCUCAGCAGCACUGCAUCAUGGAGGAGAUGUCAAAUCUUCGACGAGGGUGUGAUUCGAGCUUAAAGAAGUCCUCGCAAGAUCCUCUUUUGUCUACCUUAACCAAGUCUCCGGUGAUGGUUAACCUUAGCAACGGUAGUCCCGCGUCGGACGUUUCGGAUGGGGGGGUUCGCUGCGCAUGGAUAUCAAAUCUUACGAUGCCAGAGUACAGCUUGAAACGCCCUCGCUAUGAAAGCAACGGUUAUUGCCCUGCCGCAAGUGGAAGCAGUACAGGCGCCCUCGGCUUGAAGGAUCUUGAUGAAAAGCCGUCAUCACGCUUCUGCGAUGAUUCUUCACUGAUGGCGGCGGAUGCCGUCUACUUUGAAUCGCUUUUAGGGCAGUUGGUGGGGGCCGAUUUAUUCCUCCGCUUCUCGGAUAUGGAGCGCGAAGGGGGCGUCUUUCUGGAGACGAUGCAGAGGAGGCAGGAGGAGCUAUUUGGGCUGAGGAAGUAUAUAGAGGAACUGAAUGCGCUGCGUUGUGUUGAGCAGAAGGACUUCGCAGAGCGGAUGGGAAAUAUCCAGGCGCAAAUAAGCAAACUUCGCGCCAAAAAUGCGGCGUUGGAGCAGAUUCUUGAUUCAAGUGUGAUAAAGGACACUCGUCAGGUGAUUGUGCACCGAUCAUCCUGCUCUAUUCUUCAGUCUCUGGAUGAAUGAGUAAUUGAUUCGCCGAACAAGA